AUGGCAUUGGCAACCCCACGGCGGAACAACUCGUCGGAGACAUGCAUUACGAGGAAGUGUCUUGUCAUUCGUCCAGGCCAGCCGCCCGCUGAUAUUAGCAACGCAAUUAGCCCGAGCUGCGUCGCUGCCAACGACGAAACCACUACUGCAGCGACUCAGCUUAACCAUUUUGACACUUCCGGAGAAGACUUGCUGGGCGCCCGACAGUCAACAGCUUAUCUCGCCGCUUUACUUGCGCACCUAGUCAGUGGUAUCUACUUAGCAAGUUGGAAUUACGGCAUCCAGGAUUCAAUUCGCUCACGCCCCCGACUCCCCAACCCGUUUGUUGUCGGUGUUUUUCCUCGGCAUAUCGGCCAGCCAGUCGUUCAGGAUAAUACAUAG